GUAUAUUGAAAAUGAAGACUGCUCCGUCGUUAGAAUCGUCCAAUGUGACUUACUGAGACAAUGUGUAAAGUGGAAAUCAUGCACUGGGUUUUUGUCUUAUCGUUCUUGUACAGGUGGCAGUAAGAUGGAGGAAGUCUACGUAAUACGAUUGAAAGGUCUACCUUCGAACAACUCCUCAGAAACAUCUAGCGACAGCGGAGACUGGACUCGAGAUGCCACUCUAGGCUGUGCUCUUCUUCAUUUAGGCCUAGGCUUCCUAAGUCUCGUACUGGGUAUUCUGGGAUUGUUGGUGGAAUAUGAUGCCAACUAUUCAGGAACUGGCAUCUGGUGCGGAAUGAUUUUCCAAAUGACGGGAAUUUCCGGAAUACUUUCUUGGAAAUAUCGGCACCUUUACAUAACGAAAAGGCUUUUUCUUGGCUGUUCGUUUGCGUCCAUGAUUGCAGCACUAAUAUUCUUUAUUCUUAGUUGCUUUGGCAUAGCAGAAUUUCACUCUAUCCCGAGAAACUUUAACCAAACGGCACGGGUUGGCGGGAAUGCUAUUAUUGCGGCCAUAGUUGAGCUUUUGGUAUCUGUUGUUUCCUCUCUAAUUGCUAAUCCUACCGCCAUCUGUCGAACAAUGUCUUGUAUAAAUAAUCCCAUGGACGUCACAGGAAGCAAACAAAAGAUAAUUGUUGUAACCAAUAUACAGACCGCAGAAAGUUUCGGAAUGCCAAGAUCUGCUCUUACUCGACACCUUAGCCCUAACUGCAUGAUAUCUCUACAGCAAGGCGACCCAGCUCCAGACCAGAACUGUCGUGUUGAGGAGUUUGUACAACAGGACCAACUUCGUCUAGAAAAUGAGGAUUACUUCACAAGCUCGGACGAAAGUGAAUGGGAAGAGGAAGAGAAGAGUGUCUCUCUUCAUUGUAACAACGACGUAGCAAAGACCAGCGACAUGUUGACGGAUCUUAAAUCAUCGCCUGAAGUUUGAAUUAUUUUAUGUUACACAAUUGUACAAAACUGAGAAAAUUUAAUCGUGUGACCAGGACUAUAUAUGUGUUAUAGUUAUUUAAUUAUUUCUAGCUAUGUGUUUAAAUACAUGCAUGCUUUCCAAACAUUUAAGCA